AUGAAGCCAACGCUCGACUUGGCACCGGAGCCGAUCAACUACAUCAAAUUGCGUCGUACAGAGCAGAGUAUGCGCGCAUCGAUUCGAAAUCGAGGUGCCAUUGCCAGUGUAAUCGCUCAAGAGAUCAUUGCACCAGUUACAUCACCACCUCGAUUUACUGCUACUAUUCCACGUCGUGAAUUUCAGGUGCCAUAUCCAAGUCCACCAAAAAUUCCUAUUCCAGAUGUACCGGAACUUCUACUCCAGCUAGAGGAUCAACCAAAAGGACGAAUUGAUAUCAAACUCGAUUCGGCUAUUCAAUCUCUUGCUCGAGAGCAACACAGAAUAAGUCUUGAAGCAUACCAAGAAAAUACAAAAGUCCAUGCGCUCCUAGCUGACAUUCGAGCCUCCAGCUUAGCGAGCGUCUACAAAUUCACACCGCUGUUCAAGUUGUAUGCACGCCGGCGAUUGCGUUCGCGACUGCGUGUUUGGCGUGAGUACGUGGCUUGGCACGCCGAAGAACAACGCCGUCUUGAAACUCUUGCUCCGUUCGCAGUUCACAUCCAGCGCGUCUUCCGGUUUCGCAGUCAACGUUGGGCUCGACGUCGUCGAAACCUGGAAGCUUUAUAUGCUCAAUGGGAAGCAGCUCGUACGGUUCAAAACUGUGUGCGUAAAUGGCUAAGACGACGAGAACACUUACUGAAUCUCACAGUCUUGCACGCAGCACGACUUCAGGCAGCAUGGCGAGGUCGAGUGACGCGUAAACAAGUUAAGCGUGAUCUCCAGGCUCAAUUAAGACUGCUACUGGCCUCGAUUUCUCCGACUGGAAAUCUCCAUCGCUUACACGAAAUCGCUCGUGGAGAUCGCACGUUAGCCGCUAAAUUGAACAGUAUGUUGGUUCUCCUCACGGAGACUCACGUUGCUGUUGAGAUUUCCCGAGGUCAACAACGAGCUUCAAAGAAUGCAGCGAUUGCAGCCCGAAAUGCUGCUCGUCCAGUCGAGGCCACACGUCGACAGCUUUUCCAUGCUGUGCAUGAUUUGCGUCAACUUGUUGCAAGACGAGAACGAGAACUACAAGCAGCGAAAGAAAGAUUCUUGGAGGCAAAACGUGCUCGUCGGGAGCAGAAACGCGAGGCUCAUGAGGAGAUGUUGAAGAAAGAACUCGCGCAGACUACAGAUAGGCUAGCCCAAGCUCGUGAGCGUGAGUUGAUGCAUCGUGCCGAACUGGAGAUGCGCGAGUUUAUUCGAGCGUUGCGUACAAUUGAGGACGAUAUGAGAAUUCGGCAGAAACUCAAGCGCCAACGUCGAGAGCAGGAAGAGAACGCUCUCAUGCUAAUAGAAGAAUACCAAACGCGGUAUGUAGUGGCUGAAACACAACGUCGCGAGCUUGAAGCUCAUGAUCGACUGAAGGAAGUCUCCAAGCGUGAGAUAUUUUUCCAAAAACGAGCACAACAGCAACUACGAGAAAUGGAAGAGAUCAUGCGUAUUGGCGCAGAAAAGAAGAACGAGCAGAAGCGUCAACGUUUAAUAGCUCGUGAAGAAGAGAAGGCACAUUGGGCUAGUUUAUCUAAAGCGACGAAGAUUGAAGCACAAGAGCGUUUACGACGACGAGAGAGGGAGGCGGAGGAGAUACAAUGGCGUUUAGAAGCAGAACAAGACACUGAGCGAGUGAAAUUGAGAAAGAAUGAACGUCUAAAGGAAGAAUUGCGUCGUCAAAAGUAUGAGGAAGUUAAUCGAGAGCAGGAAGAACGAGAACUGAUGGAAAAAGCUGAUAAGAGCAGUCGUCGAUGGCAUUUCGCUUUGAAGAGGAAUGCUGCAGCAGAACAGUGGGAAGCCAAGCGUGAGAAGGAGCGGAUCAAAUAUUCUCUUGAUCCGCUACAAUUCGCCAAGAUGGAGGCGCAGAAGGCGCUCGAGGAGCGUCAACGUCGUGAAAAUGUUUUAAUGCGUGACGAAGAUUUACUAAGCAGAGCUGUAGAAGAAAAGGAGCGCAAGGAACAGUAUUUCAAGUUUUGUCGAGAGAGGAAACGUCUUCGAGAUAUUGAGCGUCGUCGUGAAGCCAACGAGACUUCGAUGAUGCAAGUUGAAGACGAACGUGACGAGAAGAUCAGGAGAGUACAGCAAAAAACUGAGGAGUACAAGAAAACGCUCGAGCAGAUGCAGAAAAUGGCUGAUCAAGUGGCCAACAAGCAGAAAGAUCGACUGCAGGAAGCGAGAAAUCGUAAACUAAUGUACGACGAAGAGACUCGACAGCGACGAAUUCAACAAGCUCAACUACAACUUGAUCGUAUUCUUGAGAAGCACGAGCGAGAAGCCAUGGAAGAGGAGGAUCGGAGAGCUCAAAAUCUGGAUACAGUCGAGGCUCGCUUGCAGGAUAAACGCGUUAGGGAUAAAUGUAACCUGCGCAUGAUGCGAGAAGAUGUCAUGACGAUGAAGCGCCAGGCCUGGGAACACGAAGGCACACAGCUUGAGGGAUUAUUGUGGUCUCCUCAAGAAGCUGCAGCGCUUCGUCACAUGGUGAUCGACUAUUCUCAUUUCUUGAGAUUGAACGUCGAGGUUUUCAUGGAGUUUGUUGAAAGUCUCAAAGGCCCACCACCUUUCGAUCUGGACUACGACGCCGUUGAAGCUCAUUUGGCAAUCGAACAUUCUCUUACCGAGGACAAAAUCCCUCCAAAAAAGAGGAAAACGCGCCGGUUCUUCUACCAUGAAUUUUUCGAGGAAGAUCCCAUCAUGGAAAAGAUUCAUCGUCGAAGAUUUCCAGAGCCUAAACCAUCAACAACCGGUCCUGGAAGCACGAAUCAACAAACUCGUGAUCGCUGGAAACGAGUUGCUGCGCAUUACUUAGGUCGAUCAUGGGGAUCAGAGGCAUCUCGAAAAGGAUUUCUACUCAUGCAGAAUGGGGAGUACGAAGCUGCUUGUAAAUGUCUUCUGGAGGCUGUUCACAGCAUGCAGUACACUCGAUUCGAGGAUCCUUCAGCAACUUGUUCGUAUCAGGAUGUCCCUCCAGCUUUGCUUCGACAACUUGGACGUUGUCUUCUCAAACAAUAUCAAGUCGGUUUCCAGUUGGAUUACUUGAACAAGUCGCUGUUUUUCUUCCAGAAGGCCAGUACACAUGUGAUGUUUCUGAGUAAUCCGUUGUUCCUGCAAGAAAUCGCCUUUGCUCUUGAACUCAACCGAGACUACAGACAUGCAGCUGAAAUCCUGGGCGGGAUCAUCCUGUGUUUUCCUCGAUAUGCUCGGCUGAUUGAGGUUAUUUUCCGUGCUGGUAUUGUUAUGUUUUCCCUCAAAAUGUUCCGACAAAGUCGCGAAUACAUUCUCCAUACCAUGGAUGCUGCACCAUUCGGCUGGGAACCUGUUGACAUUGUGCUUCUUGCUGCUCGAAUCAUGGAACUUGAGGGCAAAUCUAGUCGAGGACUUUGUGCUGUAGCAUACGAGGAUGCCUAUCGUAAGUUUUUGAGGGGAUCCCAGCACCACGUAUACUCCACUUGGCAGGACUGGAUCAAAGCUCCCGAGACGUGGCGUGAACUUGGAGACCGAUACUUUGAUCGUCAGGAAUUUGUACUGGCAAAAGAUGCCUACCUGAUGAUGAGGAAGCGCCAAACACACAAGUCUUCAGAGCUGAUCAGUAAACGUAAAGCUGUAAUAGUUGCGCUUCGACGACAGCAAACCAAGGAGGAGCUGCCUGUGUCGAUGUUUGACGACUCGGACUGGAUGCGUUUGAGCUCCACUUUCGCACUGUUGAAUGAUCGAGCGACAGCAGUCACUACUAUGAAAAACUGGCUUAGUGUAGGUGGCGGAUACCGGACACGAGUAACGGAGCGCUUCUAUCGCUGGCCACUUAUCAGCGAAAAGCGAAGGCUGAAGCGGAAGCACAGCUUCGAUUAG